AUGGCCAGGGUAGUGUUACAUGGCUUGUGUACGUAUAUUAUGGAGUCACCUCAUCCUGCCAACAACGCUGUUCCUGGUUCCAGGCGUGACAGGCAUUGUAUUCUCCAUGCUGGGAAGCCCUCGGAGAAGAAACAACGUUGUGAUGUUUUUAUCCUUCCACGAGAAGAACUGGCGUACUGUGCAGCCCCAGCUGAGAAGAGGCGUGCAAAACCCCAAUUUCAGAAAUCCGUUUAUUAUGUUUUGGUUGUCAGCUUGCCGAGAGCCCAGAUGCGAAUGAUGGCACAGUUUGUUGUGAAACUAACAAAUAAGUUUGAGUCCAAAAUCAAGGUCCAGAGUCCGGUAGGUAAGAAAUUAGGUGGUAUUCUUUACAAUGCUAUAAAGAACACAUCCAUUUUUACCCUACCUGAUGCUGCAAUCACUGCAAGACAUCUGGACCUCGUGUGGAUGAUGAGCCACGCAUUUGAGACUGGCGUGCUUCCCAUGUGGGCUGGCUUCAAUGCCAUCUUCUACAAGGAUCAGCUACCAAAACAGGAACUUGAGGAGAGGAGAGGAGGAGAGGAGGAGGAGGAGGAGGAGGAAGAAGAGGAGGAGGAGGAGGAGUACUCAUUUACAGGAAAGUAUAUCUGGAGGGUUCUAAGAGGUUUCGCGCGUUUCUAUGACAUUUAUGCUGUCAAGCCAAAGAGAACAGAAGUUGGAGUGGCUGGACAGCGAGACAAAGAAGUCCAGAAUAUAAAUGGAUCUACAGGUGGAAGUAGGAGACAUCGCCACAGCUUCACCCAGAAGAUCCUUCAACAAAACAAGGAGGAACCCUUAAACCAGAAGGAGGAACCCUUCAACACGAAGGAGGAACUCUUAAACCAGAAGGAGGAGCCCUUACACCAGAAGGAGGGACCCUCAAUUCAUGAGAAGGAACCCUUAAACCAGAAGGAAGAACCCUUCGACACGAAGGAUGAACUCUUAAACCAGAAGGAGGAGCCCUUACACCAGAAGGAGGGACCCUCAUUUCUAGAGGAGGAAACCUUAAACCAGAAGGAGGAACCCUCAAUUCAAGAGAAGGAACCUUCAAACAAGAAGGAGAAACCCUUACACCAGAAGGAGGAAUCCUCAAUUCAAGAGGAGCAACCCUUAAACCCGAAGGAGGAACCUUUACACCAGAAGGAAGGACCCACAAUUCAAGAGGAGGAACCCUUAAAGCAGGAAGAACCCUCAAUUCAAGAGGAGGAACCCUUAAAGCAGGAAGAACCCUCAAUUCAAGAGGAGGAACCCUUAAAGCAGGAAGAACCCUCAAUUCAAGAGGAGGAACCCUUAUGGCAGAAGGAGCAACCCUCAACCACAAGGAGGAGCCCUCAACCCACAAUGAUCAACCCUCAGCCUAUGUGA